CUGGAGGUGUUCGACUUGCUGUUUGUGACGUGUGAGAACAGCAGCAGGAAGACGUACGUGGUUCACUGCGAGGACUGCGCCAGGCAGCGCAGCCCCAACCUGACCAACGUGGUGGUGCUGGAGCAGUACCGCAUCGAGGAGCUGAUGAGCACGUACGACUCCUUCAGCCUGGCUGCUGCCUCUCGGUGACAGAGCUCCUCUUCAGCGUCUCCUCAGCCAUAACCAAAACUCUGCACGCCAGGGAAAGAAUCAUUUUUUUUGCUACUGCUACAACUUGGCGAACAUCCAGCUGAACAUGUUUACUCUUUUAUUACUGUUUACAAGAAAAAUACCAAGCCGCCAAUAAAAUACCAGUUUAUUCUCAGAUGGUGCUUUGAAGCAGAACCCCUGGAAACGGGUCAGCUGGUGCUGUCAUUGAACAAACGGAUGGUUUCAAUUCAAUGGCGUCUUUUUUUAUUUUUUUAUUUUUUUUUGGUCUUGAAUACUGAAAUUUAUACACGCUGUUUGGAAACUUUUGUGGGGUGCUUUUUUAAUUUAUUGUAUUCGUUUUUUAAACUAGAUCAGCCUAGAUAUAUACCACAUUGGCCUUGUAUUUAGAAAAGAGAGAAAAUGAAAAAUACUAAUAAUAGAGAUAUGAACAUUUUUCUAAAGCAUUAAGUAUUUUAAAAAAUACAAUUGUUUGGAAUGCUUCAAAAGAUACGGGUUUUAGCUUUUUUCUGGGAGGGGGGUUCAAUUGUUUUAAUUUUUUUUUAAUCUUUAUCAACCAAGUCUAAAAAAAAAUAAAGAAAUUGUUAUCUGGUGCGCGUUACUUUUGUUCAAAUAUGCAGAGAGAUUUUUCUGAAAUUUUCUUUUUGACAUUGUACAUUUAAUUUAAAAUGUUUCUUCUAUUUAUUGAUGUUCUCCCUUCUUUAUAGGGCUGUAUAAUUUUUUUUUUCCACUUUUUUUUGUAAGAACUGAGAUGUCGGGGUUGUACGUUGGCGGGAGCCGUUAUCCUGGUGCUCGACUUCUGCCUUUUCUCUCCUGAUAUAUACUAAAUUAAAUCUUUAUCUUGAACAUAACACCACCUUUCCUGUAGACGUUAGGACACACUGCUCACGUAGAAAAACAUGACUAAUGGAAUGCUGUGUUUGUAUCCUCUUUAUGGAAAAAAAACAAAUUUUCCAAAGUGUUUUGAGAAAUUGUACAUUUUUUUUUACUAUGUAGGGGGGUUUAGAUGAGAUUUUUGAUAUUUGUUAAAUACAAUAAUGGGAUAGAUGGUGCUAAAUAUUCUUUUUUUUUUCUUUUUGUCCUCUUAAAAUGAGAUUUCUAUUUUCCUGUUGCAAUAUUACCUUUACACUUUUCCUUCUCUUUGUGGUCAUUUAUUUAUAACUGCACUUGUUUAGAGAAUUUACACAGGCAUACCUGCAGACACACCCACCAAACUGAGCCAGACAUGUCUUAAACACUUGUGAAUUUGUGUGACUAUUAAUAAAAUAAACACUUGAGAAAUUUA